UUAAAAAAAUGCAAUUAAAAUCUAGUUUGCAAGAUAUAACAUACAAUGCUAAUCUAUGGCUACAAGCCGCUAUGCUAAUUAACGCUUACGUUUCAGCAGUUUGGGGAAUACUAUACGGUCUUUAUAUACUCUUUAACUUAGAAGAAAUGCAGGAUAUCUAUGGGCGCUCGAUUAUAUUAGUUUAUAUAUUAUCACUGCUGGCUGAGAUUUAUCGUUUGCGUGCAGGCUAUAAAGGCAACUUGAUGGCAGAGAUCAGUGAACUGAGCAUCUUUCUUGUAACAACACCGCUUAUACAAUUACCUAUACUCGUGUUCCUCUUUCUCUCCGUUGAAGGGAAUUGGCAGCUUAUAUAUGUACUCAUUGAAUUGAUAUUCUGUCUAAUGAUAGUGGAAUUUAUUGCCGGUGUGUGGACUUGGCAUAUCUUCGCCAAACAUCAAAGUGAGUUGCAUAAAUUGAAGCGACAAAUCGCAUUGCAAAUACGUAAUGCCAGACAGAGAAAUGAUAGCGAUGAUAAAACAAGGAGUGUGCCAUAGUUUAAAUGCAUAAUAGUUUAUUUUUUAUACUAAUUAACAGAAAUAAAUUAAAUAAAUCGCAUGUCCGCGAUGAAAUUACUA